AUGCAUUCAAACGGCGCUUCCAAACGAGAUGUCUUCUUUGUAGCUGAAGGGGGAAGCCGGAAAGUCCUGGAAGAGGCGGUGACGGCAGAUUUGGGAAUAACAGAAAUAAACAAGCUGACAGCAGAAUUUAUCCAGUCUCCUUUGAAAAUCACCACGAAAGAAAAAUCUAAACAGGGUAUUGAAGCUCCUGAAGAAGCAGCAGCAGUUCCUUUGCUUCCUCCAGCAAAGAAAGCAAAACAUGAUGCCUAACUUCUUCUGGAGCAAGCAGCUGCAAGUACUAAUCCAAGAAACAGAAAGGUGAGGAUGUCCACUAAAAAAGCACCAGCGUCCAGGAGCAGAAGACCUCCUUCAGCAAGAGUGAAACGUAUGAGUAAAAGAUCAAGCAAAAGCAGCUUUAUCACUCCAGCUACUGGCAGAAAUCUUGAUCUCUGUGCUCGAGGGGGCGCCUCCAUCGUCACACCCAGGUUUGAUUCCAGAGUUUUCAAGACGCCGGGUUUGCACACACCCGCAGUAAAUGAACAUGUUUACACCAUCUCUGCUAAUGGCAGCCCCCUUGUUGAUGGCAAUGAUGUCUUCAUUACCGUUCCUGUUGGAGGAGGAGAGAGCAUUCGUUUAACAGCAAGUGAUCUGACCAAGAAGAAUCUUCUUCAUCUCAAUCCAGAGGCACGAGGCAUUAUGAAGAAGCUGUCUGUUCGUCUUACACAAGCUUGUAGCAGUGCAAAAAUCCAUAGCUGAAGAGCAACGAAUGUCAACACCUUUUGUAAACGUGGAAGUACUAUAAGCUACAAGUACAUUU